AUUUGUAGAAAUUCUUUAUUAGCCCUUUUUACUUCUUUUAUAACUUAUUUUGCCUAGAUUCAAUUGGUCAAUUCAAUCUAAGUUUUCAAUUGUGAUGACUGACGACAGUGGUGGCAGGAUUUCUGCCACCAAAAGAAAAGCCACAAUUCGGGAAAAUUCUCCUCCCGCCAAAAUGGCGGCAAAUUUUAAUAGGACAAAAAGAGGACUGUUCAAGGAAUACAAUCAUAUUUAUAAAGAAGAAGGGAAAAAAGAUUAUCCAGUGUUGCUUUCUAUGGCCCCAUCCAUUGAUGAAUCCUCCUCUACAAAACUGGACCUGUUAAAAAUAAACAACAUUUUGAAAUCGGUGAAAGGUGUUUCAUAUGAUUCCUGGUUAUAACAUAGUCCGACAAGAUUCUAGUCGCCCUCAUGGUGGUGUUGCUGUUGCUAUUAAAGGUAAGUAUAAGUUCUCUACCAUCUCUUGUGACAAAUGCUAUGACUUCCAGAAUAUUUUAUUGUCUGUUUCUCUUGAUUCUUUGUCACUGGAUAUUUUAUGUGUUUACUUGCCUCCUCCUCCAAAUGGCAAAUUUCAAAUUCAACAACUGAAUAAUGUUUUUUCUAAAAUCUGUAAUAAAAAUUAUAUCAUUGUAGGCGAUUUUAAUGCCCAUCAUAUUGCUUGGGGUUGUAGAAACGUUGACAGAAGAGGCAAUUUGAUCUAUAAUUUUGUUGAUACUCAUAAUUUAGUAUAUUUAAACGAUCACACUAUAACGACCUUUGCUCCAUUUGGUCAACAAGGCAAUGUACUCGAUUUAGCAUUUGCUUCUCCAUCAAUUAGUUCCAGCUGUACACUUUCAGUAUUAGACGAUCUUAUGAGCAGCAACCACUUCCCUCUACUAGUUAGUUUGUUUUACAAGGAAUGUGUGCAGAGCCAUAAGCAGUCUUCAACUCACUCUGCCGCUCCAACCACUCCCUCUAUACACUGCCUAGCUAAUCUCAAUUAUAAUAAAAUAGAUUGGUCGAAAUUUCAUGAUUUAUGUACACACAAAUUCUCAACUUUUACUAUUAAUCCGGAUCCACUCGUUGCGUACACUGACUUUAUUCAAAUCUUAGUUGACAUCUUACUGACAUUUCAUACAAUGAAGGCGAUGUUUUGCCAUAAUAAAAAACGUCAACCGUUGCUUUGGUGGAACGAUGUUUGUAGUCAAGCUGUUCAACAAGCUAAAAUUGCUCUUGAUUCAUUUAGGAUUUAUCCAUCUCAAGAAAACUAUCUUUUAUUUAAACAAUUUGAUGCUAAGAAAAAGAAAACACUUUCCGAGCAAAAAGCAUUAGGUUGGGCCAACCUUUGCUUUUCUUUCAACCGCGUAACUUCCACUAAACUAAUUUGGGAUUAUAUUCGCAAAUUUAAAUUUGCUAAGCUCCGUACCAGCUCUAAAUCUCACUUUUUUGACGAUACUAAAAAUAUUAUGAUGUUUCUAGAUAAAAUAACUUCUUCGUCACUUACUUGUAAUUUUUCUACUCAUUUACAAUAUUUAUUUUUUAAUAACAGCUCUAGUUCAACUCAAUGGUUGACUGAUACAUUUGGAUUUCAUGAGCUACAAAGUGCUUUACUGAAUAAGAAAAGUAGUUCUCCAGGUCCAGACUAUAUUACUUACAAAGUUAUUCAGUGUUUACCCUUCCUGGCUAAAACAUUUUUGCUAGAAAUUUAUAAUAGGCUUUGGAAAAAAAGUAUUAUACCUCCGGAUUGGAAAAUCCAGUAUGUAGUUCCUAUAUUAAAACCUAAUAAAGAUGCUAAUAGCUUAGAUGCAUAUCGACCUAUUUCUUUAACUUGA